AUGGCGAAAUUCUUGGAAAACAGCCGGUGGUACCAGGCAUACAAGGAGCUAGCCUCUCAGGGCAAGCUCCAGCUGCCAGAAUAUGAACAAAAUGAAAAUGGGGAGUUUCUGGUGAAACCAGGCGAGUUGUUUUGUCGUUACCCAGACUGUGAUAAGCGAACUACAGAAUUCUCAAAAACAGUUAAUCUUCGCUGGCACCUCAAACACCAUCGAGAUGUUCAAAUUGCAAAUAGUGGCACUGGUCGCUUUAAGCAAGUGGAAAAAGAUAUGACAAAUGCCUGGUAUAAAGAACUUGUGGAGAGCAACCAAAUCAUGGAUGAGAGUAAGGAUGAAGAGCAGUCCAAGGAGGACGACCAAGAGCAUCAAAAGCCAUAUGUGCCAUGGAGAAAGGAUCUGAUGGAUAUCAAUCGCAUCAAAGUCCGAGCAAUUGCUAAGGCUCUUGGGGUGUUUCCUUGUGAUGCAUGUCAAGAAGCUGGUAUUAGUUGCCUCUCAGACAUGAACAUAUGCACUAUCGUUAUGCAUCAUUUUGAUCUUAGAAGUCCUGAGGAACUUGAACAGAUGGGUCUCAAUGCUACUAAUCCAAACUGA